GGCGGCAACAGGUCACAAGGAGAGGAAGAGGAGGAGAACGCGCGUGUGUUUACAUCACUCUGACAGAAAAAAGAAAACCAAAUUCAAUCCACAAUUCCACUUAAACUACCGAGUGUUAGAGUGUCUGGAGUGGAGCAGAGGUGGAAUGGUGGACUGAGAAAAGAUAGAGACCAGAGGAAGGCCGGUAAGAGAAGGAGAUAAGGGAGAAAGGAGAAGUAGAUGAAGAGAGUGUGACAGACGCGGAGAGAGAAAGAGAGAGAGAGAGGAUGGUGAGGAAUAAGCAGGCCCCACAACAGCUCAAUGACGCCCAGCAGAGGAGAAAUAACUGGAACUUGCUGGAUGGCGCCCCUGGACCUGCUGACGAUGGAGGAGCAGCAGCAAGAGGAGGAGGAGGAGGAGAGGAGAGACAGCCUGACAUGGACGGAAGAGGAAGAGGAGGAAGGCCAAGGCAACCCAGACAGGAAGAGGAGGAAGAUAACUUGCUGGGUUUAAUAGCAAAUGAAUACGAUGAUGAUGACGAUGAUGUGGAGUUCAUACCAAGGCGUGUCCAUUUUGCGGAUGACGUGUAUGUGGAUGAUGAGGUGGAGGAGGUGGCGCGGGUGGUGGUGCCUAGGCGGAGGCAGCGGCAGCAGCAGCAGCAGGAGUUGGAAUACGGCGAGUUUAAUGAAGUGUUAGAUAAUGCCCAGUUUUACGUCCGUGUGGCGAUGGGUAGUGACGGCGGAGGGAGAGAGAAGGAGAAAAAUAUUGUGUGUUACCUUGGUAAUAUGUCGGUGGCCCUACAGCAGCCCGUGACGCAGGAGGAGCUGCAGGAGAUGCCAUGCAAUGAGUUCUGGCUGUACGUGAGCGGCGAGGCGGACAAGAGCGCGCUGUACUUCGAGUGGUCAACGAUGGAAGGGUCACCAAAGAAAGCCAAGCAGAGGAAACGAUCCGCAGACAGUUUCCGCUUCUACAUGGUGGCUGGCACUCUCCCUGUGGACAUCUGGCAGGGCUUAGGGACACAGUGCCACUUUGAUAUUCGCCUUGGCACCCUUGAGACCAACACCCUGACCCUGGAGGUGUAUCUGAGGAAGGGUGCCCUGUUUGACCUGGCCCAGCGCGGGGACAAGGCCUGCCGGAGUGAGGGAAUGGGGGCUGUCAUCGCUCGCUUCUUUGGUGUUGAGAUGGUGACCUACAGCGGCGAGGAGGUGUUGAAACAUGACCUGGAGGAGCUGUACGGUGCUAUCAAGGCCUUCCACUUCGGUCAGCAGUACAGCACCGUGGAUCCCCAGCACCCGAGCCUCUUUCCGCAGCUUCGCCCGUACCAGAGAAGUGCCGUGCAGUGGAUGCUACACCAGGAAAACUACGGAGAGGAGGAUGCCCACCAGAGACCCACAGACGCCCUGCACUGCCUCUACACGGAGAUCCAGAGCCAGGACGGUGUGGUGCUGUAUUUCAACAAGUUCGCUGGGUUCUUGGUGAAGGAAAAGCCCCUUGCUGUGCUGCCAACACCGGGGGGCAUACUGGCGGACGAGAUGGGGCUGGGAAAGACUGUGGAGGUGCUGUCUUGUAUGCUGUGUCACCCACGGCUUAAUGUGCCAAAGCCUGAGUACUUAGAACCAGUGACAGUUGAGGCACAGAAGACAAGGAGGAGGAGCAAAGCAACAAAAAGAUUAACUGGUGAGGAUAUAUUUACGUUAGAUGCUGUGGAGAAGGAGGAGGAGAAGGAGGAGAAGGAGGAGGAGAGAGGUAACAGUGACAAAGAUAAGAGUGAGAGGAGGAGGUCCAGAGUGUGCAGCAAGAGGCCAGCCAGCAGAGUAAAGGUCCACAUCCCAAAGAAGGCAGAGAGCGAGGCGGAGGUUACAAGAAGUGGACGUCCUCGGAGAAACGCGGCGAAACGCAUCAACGGCUACGCCUCAAUGGACGACGAGAGAGACGACGCCAGUGAUGGAGAACCGGAGAUACAUGAAGAAGAUGAAGAGUAUGUGGAGGAGGAGGAGGAAGAUGAGGAGGAGUACAAGGUGGAGGAGAAGAAACAGCGCAUUGUUCCACAGUCACAAACGCCGAGUCAGGUAGUGGAGGAGGAGAUUAAGAAGAGCAGCGAGUGGAUGGCUAUAGAGUCCGUCAUCCUGCAGGACUGUUGGGCGGGGAAGAUCGGGCAGUACAAGAAGGAAGGCUCUUACAAGGAAUUCCGCAAGUUCCUAAGGAUGCGGAAGAAGGAUCCUUGCUAUAUGAUGACCUUGAAGGAGCGAAUACAACUCCAGCACAAGAACGACCUCGCCCGUUACAGCGCCACAGAGAUCGUCAAACGCGGAACGAUACAGAACUUUUUUAAGACGAAAGUUGAGCCAAAGACGUAUUUUGAGUGCAUAUGUGGAGCAGCGGAUGUGGAUACAGGGCGGUUCAGGGUGCAGUGUGGAGUGUGUGGUCUGUGGCAGCAUGCGGAGUGUGUGCAGUACGAUGUGGGUGAUCCAUACCGAGGCGCUUACGUGUGUCCUCACUGCUGGACCACUCAGCCGCCUGUCACAUCCGGUGCCACUCUCAUUGUCACUCCACACUCCAUCAGCUACCAGUGGGUGAAUGAGAUAAUGAAGCACGUGAAGCACAAGUCGGUGCGGAUGUUGGUGUACCGCGGUGUGGCGACUCACGGGUACACACAGCCACACUGCCUCGCCAAGUUCGAUAUUGUCAUCACCACUUACGAGACGCUGAGCCGAGAACUGAACUACGUCGACCUCCCCCACAGCAACAGUCAGGCUGGCCGCAGGUUCCGACACCCUAAGCGGUUCAUGGCCACGCCGUCGCCGCUUCCGUGCGUGGAGUGGUGGCGGUGUCUGGACGAGGCACAGAUGGUUGAAUGCACCACCACCAAGACGGCAGAGAUGGCGCUCCGUCUGGCCGCUGUCAACAGGUGGUGCGUCACGGGGACACCGGUGCAGAAGAGUGUUAAUGAGCUGCAGGGUUUGCUGAUGUUCCUGGGGGUGGACCCUUACUGUGUGCCCCAGUGGUGGUCGCGGUGCCUUUACCAGCCCUACUGCCGGGGGGUGAAGGCGCCUCUCCACUCUGUCCUGGCGCGUCAUCUGUGGAGGAACUCAAAGAAGGACGUCAUUCACCAGAUCAACAUUCCACAACAGACUGAGGAGGUGCACUGGCUAUCCUUCACAAGGGUGGAGGAGCACUUCUACCAAGGACUCCUGGCGCUGUGUUCCUUCGACGCUCACCACAGACUCAAUAAAUAUCCGGAUGGCAACACUAAGCUGAGUUCACUGGACCGGGCCACUCUGACCUACCUCCUACAGCCACUCCUGAAGCUGCGCCAGGCAUGCAACCACCCUCAGGUGGUGAGGGGCCAGUUCCUCCCGAUGGCGCGGAAGACAAUGACGAUGGAGAUGCUGCUGGACAACCUCAUGAAGAAAACGAAGGUGGAGGCAGAGGAGGCACACAGACUCCUCGUCGCGUCCAUCAACGGGUCGGCAGCGCUCCACAUCAUCCGCCAGGAGUGGGUGGAGGCAGUGGAGGCGUACCGUGAAGCCCUGCGGUCCAUUGAGGAACACCCGGAUAUCAAGACGGAUUCCCUCCAGCGCCUCCACACGCUCCACAACUUGGCGGAGGUUCUCGAGGCCAACCAUCCUGGAGUACACCCCACGCUAAGGGAUGGCAAGCUCAAGGAGGAGGCCGAGGCAAUUCGUUCAAAGUAUCUAAGCCAGCACCCCCAGCUGGUGACAUCGAGCCGGGAGGAGUGCCUUGCCAACACAGCGGCGGUGCGGGACAUCCAGGACAGCUUUGUGUCUGAUGGCAACUGGUGGCUGGCAGCGCUGCAGUGCUUCGACAAAGAGUUUGUGAUGGAGGUGCGGGACGAGAUGCUGUCCUCCUACUCCCGCUUUGAGGAGAACAAGUGUCUGCUGCACCCGGUCACCACACACACCCACCUGCAGCUGGUGCUCAACGCCGAGAUGAAGAAGCUGAGCAGCCAGCGCAGCGACAUGAUCAAGGGCGUGGAGCACCUGCACACUCUGGACCGUGCCGCCCUGCUGGCCGGCGCCACUGAGUGCCACCUGCGCCCCACAGAGAAAGACUCGCCCCAGUGCUUGCUCUGUGCCUCACACGAGUUGUUUGAGGAGUACGAGGAGACGCUGUUCUCCAUGCGGGAGACCAAACACAGCCGAACCACGGAGGUGUCCCGGGAGACGCAGGACGUCAAGGACCAGGCCAUGGUGCGCCUGGCAACCCGCCGCGGCCACUGGGGCCAGGGGGAAGUGGAGCGCGUCCUGCGGUACCUGCAGACCAAGUGCCUGUCCCGUGUGGAGGAGGAGGUGUACCAGGACUCACAGAAACACUUCCGCAUGCUGGAGGCCAUGAAGAAGGAGUUCAAGAAUUACCGCAUCUGGUGGCGCGGCGUCUUUGACUCCGUGUCUGCGCUGGAUGAAGUGAACAUGGCCACCAUCAGGCUGCGGCUGCGGCUGCCUGACGAGGAGCUCCCACAGCACCAGAAGCAGAAGGGUCGGCGGCGGGAGGGCGACGACCUGCAGCAGCGACAGGAGGCAGUGCGUUACAUCCUGGAGCCUGCGGAGAUUGCCCAGCAGGAACUGAGGCUGAACUCUGAACGUGUGGUGGCCACCAACGACCUCAAGACAAAACUGGGCCAGUUGCUGUACCUCCAGAAUGUGGCCAAGACAGACUUUGGCAAGCAGGGUGGCCACAACCCUGAACCCUGCCCCAUCUGCCAGGGGGAGCUGGGGGAGAAGUGGGCAGUGCUGGGGUGCUGCCACAGUUACUGCAUGUACUGCAUCCGGGCACUCAUCAACCAGGCAGCCAGCGGUGCCAACAGGGGUGCACUGAAGUGCCCAGUGUGCCGCCAGCCCACACCCACCAGGGAGAUCAGCUAUGUGGAUGUGCAGGCCAGCGUGGAGGAGGAGGAAGUCAAGGUACAAGGCAGUCUGUCCACCAAGAUGCAGGGAGUGGUGCGGCUGAUGCUGAGGCUGAGGCAGAGUGACCCCAAUGCUAAAGUGCUUAUCUUCUCCUCCUGGGUCGACGUGCUGGAUGUCAUCGCGGACGCCUUCGCUCAAAAUGGCAUCACCUAUCGCGCCCUUCAUCACCGCACAAAGUUCCAUCGUCACCUGAACAGCUUCAAGACAAACAGCCAGAUAUCCGCACUGCUCCUGCCGAUCUCCUCUGGCGCUAACGGCCUAAACAUCGUGGAAGCAAGGCACGUCAUACUUGUGGAGCCUAUACUGAACCCUGCCGCGGAAUUACAGGCCAUAGGGAGAGUCCACCGCAUAGGGCAGACCAAGGAGACCACAGUGCAUCGAUUCCUGGUGCGUAAGACCAUAGAGGAACGCAUGCACCAUAUCCUCAGGCACCAUUGUAAUAUUUCAGACGCACAGCUUACAGACGAGAACACAGUCACCAUUGAAGAUCUUAGGAAUCUCUUUCGUCAUCCAGAGGAGCUUGAGUUGGAGAAGGAGCUGGAGAGAAGAGAGGCUAAAGCUGCUGCUGCUGGUGGUGGUGGUGCUAGUGGUGGUGGUGAUGUAGGUGCAAACAGUAGUGGUGAUAAUGGUGAUGAGGGUGACAUUAUAGAUGAAAUGUUUGGUGUCAGAGAACUAGAAGAUGGUGAUGAUGAUGGUGGUGAUGACAGGGACACUAGUACAAGUCAGGAGGGUGAUGAUGGUGAUGGUGGUGGUGGUGGUGAUGGUGGUGAAGUGAGUUAAGGUGAAGAAAAUAGAGGAAAGAUGAUGUGAUGUUGGUUAGUUGAUUAAGAGAGAGAGAGGGAGAAAUAAUGAAAGCUUCGGAUAGUGAUGAGGUAGAACAGUUAAAAGUGAUGAGAGAAUAGAUAAUGAUGGUAAAAUAGAUGAUGGAUAGACAAAUUGAUGUAGUGGAGGUAAAGAAACGAGAUUACGGAAGUGAAGUUAGAGAAAAAUGGAGAGAGGGAAAGUGAUAUGAAGGGAUAGAAAGAUAAUGAUGCUAAAAUUGAUGAUAAAAGAGUAGAUGGGUUGAUUUGGUGAAGAUAAAAAAAAAAAUGGAUUGAUGUAGUGAAGUUAUGGAAACAAAAUUAUGAAAGAUAAGGUAGUGGAAAAUUGAGUUAGUGAGAAUAGAUAGUGAUGGUAAAAUAAAUGAAGGAUGGAUGCGGUGAUGUAGUGAAGGUAAGGCAACAAGAAUAUCAAGAGUUGAGUUAGUGGAAAGUUGAUGUAAAGAGCUGAAGAAGGAAUUUUUAAAGAGAAUAUUGAUGAUAGAGAAAUAGAAGGGGUGACAAAGUAAAGAUUGGUAAAGGAAGACUAUUUUAGCUGUAGAUUAUAAAGUAGAGAAGAAUAUAAUUAAUGUGUGGAAAGUUGAAGUAAAAAGAGCUGAAGAAGGAAAUUUUAAAGAGAAUAUUGAUGAUAGAGAAAUAGAGGUGACAAAAUAAAGGAUCAAGAUUAUUAGAGGCUGAAAUAUUUAUGAGAGUUGAGUUUAUGUGAGGAAACUUGAAGUAGAGAUCUGAGGAAGGAAAUUUUAAAGGGAAUAUUGAUGAUAGAGAAAUAGAGGAGGUGAUAGAGUAAAGAUUAGUAAAGGAAGACUGAUGAAAUAUUUUAGCUGUAGGAGAUUAUGAAGCAGAGAAGAAGAUUGUGAGAAAGUUAAGUCCACGUGAAAAAAAAUGUACAAACGGAGAAAUGAUUUUGUGUUCUGUGGUAAUGAAACAAUUAAUGUGAAGGACAAGAACUCGGACAUUUACAUUUGUGUGGAAAAACUACAAAAAAGUGAACAUUUUAACAUGUUUGCAAAUUUCUCAACACAACAUUUUGAAAGAUGGUAAACUUAUGAAUUAAAGAAAGAGAAAGUGAACUGUAUAACUUGAACAAAACACAAGGAAUUUUAUCUCUAAUUUGACGGAAGUGUGUUACAAAAUGUUGUGUCUUAGUGAGUGGUGAUGUUGUGUCUUGGGUAUCAUGUUGUGUUUUAGAAGUGGCAUUCCAUUUAACGCAAGUCUCAUUUUGUGUUUUAAAAAGUGGCAUUUGUGAGGAAAAAAAAUAUUAGUUUGUGUUUAAAAUUAAGAAGCGACUUUGAAAUGUAUGAAAAGAAUAAUUAGUUUGUGUUUUUGAAAGUGGCAUUAAAUCGUGUCGGAAAAAAAAGAAAAGAUUUACGUAGUUUGUGUUUUAUAAAGUGGCAUUAGGUCCAGAAAAAUGUAUUUGUGUUUUGAAUUUAGAAGUGACAUUGCAUCUUACAAAAAAAAAAAAAAAAAAAAAAAAAAAAAAAAAGAAAAGAAAAAGAAAGAAUGUUUGUGAGUUUAAAAGUGGCGUUGUAUCUUGGGAAAAAAAAAGAAAAGAUUUACGUAGUUUGUUUUAUAAAGUGGCAUUAGGGCCGGGAAAAAAAAUUAUUUUGUUUUGAAUUGGUGUGGCAUUACAUAUUAUGAAGAAAAAAAAAAAAAAAAAAAAAAAAAAAAUUGAAAAGUGACAUUGCAUCUUUAAAAAAAUACUACUACUAUUAAUGUUUGUGUUCUAAGAAGUGACAUUAGAUACAGAAAAAAAGAUGAGUUUGUAUUAGAAAGUGGCAUUGUAACUUGUGGAAAGAAGUAAUGACUUUGUUUUUUUAUAAAGUCAUUAGAUCCAGAAAAAAAAAAAAAAGAAAGAAAAUAUAUGUAUACAUCUGAAAAACCAUUGGUCUUAAGACAAACAGAAGUGGCAUUUAUUGUUCACUCUGAGAAAGAAAAAGGAAAAAAGAAUUAGUUUGUUUUAUAUGGUAAAGUAAGAAAAAGUAAAAAUAUAUGUAUACACCAGAAAAACAAACAGAUCUUUAGACAAACACAAGUGGCAUUUAUUGUUCCAUUUAUUGUUCGCUCAGAGAGAAAAA